CGAACGGUCGAUAUGCUUUCACGUACAUUAGCUUAUCAGAGAAAUGAUUGUCACACGAUAAGCUAGAACAGUAGUGGAAACUGGAUGUUAACGAGCUGUCAGGGGCGGUGAUGUGACCUCACUGAUGACAUCGCUGUAGGGGUCGGCCUUGAUGUAACAAAGCUGCUCUGUGUUUGCAAGUUUUACUACUUCUGGAAAUCUUAUCUAAACUCUGAAUGCUACUUUCUGUCAAUUCAAUUUUGAGAAAAAAAAUAAACAGUACAUACAUGCUCUGUCAAGAUAAGUGAUAAUGAAUUCGAUGUCUCGAAACAAACUUAAAAGUAGAUAUUAAAUUCUAAUGUGAUCUUACCGGGAGUUCUAGGAUUGACAGAUUUAUAAUGAGGGAACAAGUAUAUAUUAUGUAACACAUACUAAGAGACUUCAGAAGACUUGGCACCAUGGACAACUACGAAGACUAUGAUUAUUAUAACUAUACGUUCUAUAAUUACACUUAUGAUUAUGAAGAGGCAAUAAGCCACUUACCAUUGAAGGAGUUUAUACCUGUAGUUACAUUCUAUGUUAUAACUGGACUUGUUGGUCUCAUUGGAAACCUGCUGGUUGUUUUCGCCAUCGCUAACUUUCCUCGGAUGAGAAGUAUUACCAACUGGUUCCUUUUAAGUUUGGCUUGUGCUGAUCUGUUACUGGUGCUAGUAUGUGUCCCUGUCAAGGCUGCAGGAUUGUACUCCUACACAUGGAAAAUGGGCGACUUUCUUUGCACCUUUGUGGCCUAUAUACAAAAUGUGUCCAUGAUCUGUUCUGUGAUGACAUUAACAGUGAUGAGUAUUGAGAGGUUUCUUGCGAUAUUGUUCCCGUUAAAAGCCAGAUAUAUUUGUACUAUGAAUCACACAAGGGUAGUCAUUGUGGCCAUUUGGCUUAUGUCUUUUGUGAUGGCAAUACCCAUAAUAUUUGGAAAGUAUAUAUACGUAGUUAAAGGAAUAAAUAGGACAGCAUUAUGGUGUAAAAUCCAGUUUUCACCGCUUUACUUCAAAAUUUAUGAACUAUAUAUGCUGGUGAUUAUGUUUAUCAUACCUGUAAUGGUGAUGGCGAUCUGUUAUACCAUGAUCUCUAUAGAAAUAUGGCAUAUAGUCUCAAACAGAGCUAUGAUGCGUUCUGGCAGCGAAUGUCAAUAUACAUGUUCUGAACGCAUAAAGUCUCCAUCUUCAAAUGGAGAUAGUAACGGGAAAAUAAAGGUUUCGACCAAAAAACCACCUGCAGCCAACGAUGAUGAUGCAAGAACUAGAAAACAGGUCAUCAUGAUGUUGAGUGUGGUAGUGUUUCUCUUUGCUGUUUGCUGGGGUCCAAUUCUGAUUAAUAAUGUACUUGUAGCUUUUGGUAUCCUCAGUGACAUUCAUGACAAGGCAUACUUGAAGCACAUGAGGACUGCGUUCUCAUUAAUGUCGUAUGCAAACAGUUGUAUAAACCCUAUUGUUUAUGGGUUCAUGUCGAAAAACUUCAGAGACACAUUCAAACAUGCAAUAAAUAACUGUCUAAAAAGAGGAUCCUCUAUGGCAAGACUUCCAUAUGUUACAGAUAUCACCAGAGGGUCCAUACUAAAGUCCAGUAACAGCGCCGGAAGUGACGAAAAAGAAACAGGGUUCGUCCGCGUUGACAAUAACAAAGGAAAUCAUACUGCAGUUGAGAUGAAACCUAUUCGAUAUGAAUAGACAUGACAAAAGAUUUACAUAUCUCUCGUUGGUAGUUAGGUUGUCAUUAGGCUCUGAAAUGUAUAAACUCUGUAUACAUGUUUAGCGUAAAUUGUGAUGCUAUGUGUCAAUUCAAAAGAUAUUAAAUUGUUUAGUUUUUAUAAGUUUCAAACCAGUUAUUUUUUUGUUUUUCUCACAAUUCCGACUCGUCAUGUUAGUGUUAAGUUUCAUAUAUUUGGAGAAUUUUUCGUGAUUUUUAAGUAUUCAAAUUUGUCGGCAUUUGUGGAUAGAUAUAAAUGAAUAUAGCGUUUACCAGGACAUCAUCUGUUCAGAUGUUUUUGGUGAUGGUUUAUAAAGGCACGCAUGUGAUUUGAAUAUAACCACAAUGAUGCAACCAUUAAAACAUUUUAAAGUAACUAUGUCGAAAUGGACCAACCCAGUAUGUAUUAAAACAAUAUGACUUUUUGUAUGACUGAAGAUGAAACUUAUGAAUGAAACUCUCAGGUUUUUCCAAAGCAAAGGAAGGAUAAUUCCAGAAUGUUUUUUUUUGAAAAGAAGACCAAGGAAAGUGUUACACAUAUAUUAAUAGUUUAAUUUUGAAUUCCGAUUGGUUGAAAGUUUUUUGUCAAUCAGCCCAAUGACGUAAUUUUGUCACGUGACCACGACGUCUUCAACUGGUUUUGUUUUCGUUAUUUACUCCUUAAAAAUAUAAUUUAAAAUUAAGAUAUAAGGAAAGACUGUAAUACUAUGUGUCUGUUCGGAAGAACCUAAAAAAUUUGGUGCAAACUUCUAAAUUAUCAGCUAUGCAGUUUAUAUAUUGUGCAACUAGUUUUUGAUGUUUUAUCGUCAGAGAUGAAAAUUACAGAAGUCAUUUCUUAAGGGGGGAAUAUAAUCGAAAUUUGCAUAAUACUUCCAGUUCUUAUCUGUGCCCUUUCUUUACUUUCGUACGCGUUUUAAAUAUUUCAAAAUCACAGUUUGGAGUCUCUGCAUGGCCAAAAUCAAAAUAAGGGAGUUGUAAUAUGGUCACAGGCGAUGUAUCACUCUCUUAUUUCGUAGUAGUGUAACACUUAGAGGUAAUAUGUGAUGUAACAGGAGACAGAUUUUUAAAAGCAAGUUGCUUUAUUUUGAAUCCUUAAUAUUUAUUUCAUUUGUAUAACAUCGCAUAAUGUUGAUUUAUCCGAAUAUAACUACAACGGCGAAAUACCUGACGACAUUGUAUCAAUGAAUUUAUCAACAAUUAGAAACAGUUUUACGUUCGUAAUAUUAACAUUUCUAAGAAUUUCAAUACUGAUAUUGUUAAAUUCAAACUUGACGAAUUACUACUAGAGGUAAGAAUAAUUUAUAUAAGAAGAUCUAUGGGCAAUAUUGAUUGACCACUGGAUAUUAAAAGUAAGCUGCUUAGACAAAAAGAAACAUUUGAACGUAUACCUAUGCAUUUAAUGUUAAUUUUUUUUUUUAAAUCGGAAUAUUUUAGAGGUAAUGAAAAUAAAACAAUGCCAUCCUUUAA